CACUCCAAAAAUAUCAUCUUUAAACUCUCACUGGCCCCCUUUUUCACGCCAGCAGAUUUGGUUUUCAAAAAAAUCUCUAAAAAGCUUAGAUCUACGACCAAAUUCGCUGCUUCCACCACCCAAAAAGUUUCAUUUCCGCCGCUCCAAACGAAAUCCUCUUAUAGGUUUGUUGCGAGAGAGUCAACUUGAGAGGACAUAGCAUUCUUUCUUAUAGUUGUUCAUAAGAUGAAUGAAAAGAAUGAUAGUGGUGGUGCAUGCAAAGUUCAGGACAAAGGAAGUAAGAACAAGAGAAAACUAGAUGGUCCUUCUUUAGAGGCUCCGGUUAUUCUUCCUUUGUCCAUGAGUGAAUUCCUUCCUUAUGAAUUGACUCCGGAGAUAUUUCGAGGCCCUAUGGUCGGGCCAUUGGAGGUAGGAUCACCUAUGGGGCCUCUUAGCGAAGAUUUUGUACCUGCCGAUUGGGAUGAUCCGAUUGCUUGUCAACUUGAGGAGUUACUGUUAUCUAAUUUGCACAUGAUUUUCUGGAAUGCGAGUAAAAAGAUUGUAGAGUGUGGGUUUAAGGAGGAUGUUGCGGAAAAGGCAAUUUCGAGGCACCCCCUGUACCAAGGGGGUAAAGAUCUUGUGUCAAAUGUUGUGAAUGAUGCUUUGGCUUCCUUGAAGGAAGGGAUAGAAGGUGAUAUUUCGAGUUAUUUAUUCAAGGAUUUGCAGCAGCUUGUGGUGUAUACGAUGCUAGAGAUGAUUAGUGUGCUUAGAGAGGUUAAACCAUGUCUAUCUAUUGCAGAAGCAAUGUGGUGGUUGUUGAUGUUUGACCUAAACAUUUUGGUGGCAUGUGAAGUGGAAGGAGAUUUAUUGCAUAGUUUAGGUUUUAUGGAAGUCUCGGGAGAGAGCUCCUCUGAUUCUAACUCCAAGUCAAGAUCGGACACUCAAAAUCCGGAAACCGUUAUUUCUAUCUCAAAUGAGCCCAAUGUUUCAAAAAAACCUUCAUUCUCCUCACAGAAUUACCAGUCUGAAGCACUCAAAUUUGGAAGUUUCCCUAACUUACCUAAACCCAAAAUUUCUCAUGUUUCUGAAGGGCUGUCACCAGAGAAAGAGAUUUUGGUCUCUAUGAGUGCUUCUAGAGACAAUGUCUCGGUUACAUCUAUCUCUAAAGAAAAAGCAGUGAAUAGUAGAAAGGGGCGUUCCAAAAAGGAAUUAGCUGCACUACGAACAAAGUCCUUUAGCAUGGAAAUUAACAGGACGGCUUAUUGUAAAGGUUUUAGAGCUGCGAAACUAUCUGCCUCUUGCAGUGUUGUUGAAAAGAGAUUGAAGUCUCCAUCUGAAUUAUCAGCUGUGCAUAUGAAAAAUUCUUCAACAAAAAUAGUUAUGGAGGCUGGAGCUUUAGCUGAUGGAAGUCAUCAUGUUUCAACUAAUUCUUCACCUAGUGACUCGUCAACUUUGCUGACAAAGGGUACUAAAUCUGCAGUUCCAACAAUAAAUAUUGGACGUGCACCAUCAUCAUCUUCGGAAAAUAAACCUGUUUCAAAUUCUGAAGGAGGAACCUCAAAAUCUACUAAGACACCUGAACACGGUGUAGAUAAGAAACCUGCUUCAAAGGCUGAAGGCAGCUCUUCUACGUCUCCUAAGCUAAUUGAUUACUGUGCUGGAAUUCCGUACAAUGAAUCUCUAGGAAAAUACAUCCCACGAGACGAUAAGUAUGAUAUGAUCUUGAAGCUUGUUCCAAGGAUCCAGGAAUUGCAGAAUGAAUUAGAUAGUUGGACUCAGUGGACCAACCAGAAGGUCAUGCAAGCAGCCCGCAGGCUUAGCAAGGACCAAGCUGAACUUAAAUCACUGAGGCAAGAGAAGGAAGAAACAGAGAAGCUCAAAAGGGAAAGACAAAUCAUGGAGGAGAACACCAUGAAGAGGUUGUCUGAGAUGGAGUUUGCCUUGAACAACGCAACUAGUCAGGUUGAGGAUGCUAACUCUACUGUUCAGAAGCUUAAGGUGGAACAUUCCAGGUUGAAGAUGGAGAUGGAGGCUGCUAAAUCACAGGCUACAGCAUCAGCUGCAAGUUGUCGAGAAGCGUUGGAGAGAGAACAGAAGGCCCUUAAGGAUGCUCAGUCAUGGGAAGGACAGAGAAGCUUGCUUCAGGAGGAGCUUGCCUUGGAGAAGCAGAAGGCAGCAGAGCUGCAAAGGAAAGUAGGCAAGGCUAAAAAUAUAUACAGCCAAACUGAGAUGAGAUGGAAAGAGGAGAGGAUGGCAAAGGAGAAAGUCCUUGCACAAGCUGCCUACAUAAGGAAGGAAAGAGAACGUCUUGAAGCUGCAGCCAAAGUGGAGGAGGAUAAGAUUAAACUGAAAGCAGAAAAAGAUAUGCAGAAAUACGGGGAGGAGAUAAAAACACUCGAGAACAAGUUAUCUGAGUUGAAGACGAAGCUGGAUUCAUCAAAAAUAGCUGCACUUCGGGGAGGCAUUGGCGGUGGCAAUGGCCAGUGCUCUUCUGUCAAUGAGGUGAAUCAUGUUCAAAAUUUCCCUAAAGGGGUGGUUAACAUCGAGCAUUAUUCUGGGAGCAGAGGUCUGAAACAGGAGCGUGAGUGCGUCAUGUGCUUAUCAGAAGAGAAGAUGGUGGUAUUCCUUCCAUGUUCACAUCAGGUCCUAUGUGCCAAAUGCAACGAGCUCCAUGAGAAACAAUGGAUGAAGGACUGCCCUUCUUGUAGGACCCUGAUUGAUUACCGCAUAUAUGCACGUUUUGCUAAGCCACAGGCUAUAGAUCUCUGAACCAUUUUGCUUGACUAAGACCAGUGAGUAAUGGUGGAUAGGU